AGUGGAACCGUCUGUGGUCCCAAAUUGAGAGCGCAAAAAAUAUGUUGAAGGGAGAAAACAAAUGGAGUUAUACUUAUGUGUGGCCUGUGGGUUUGUGGGUAGGUGCAUAUAUAGUUGUAGACGUAGUAUGUUUUGAAUUAUUUGUGGUAUAUAUAGAUCAUCCUAAUAGAGAAUUAAUUUAUAAUUCGAAAUUGCAUUUUGAUGAGUAGCAAAUCAGCAAUGGCGCAUGAAAAUGGAAGUAGCAUCAAAGUGCAAGCGAUGCAAUUCGCAUACCCAGGCCAAUCCCCAAUCUUUGCCGAUUUCAGUCUCCAAAUUGCUCCUGGCUCUCGUUGUCUUCUUGUUGGCGCCAAUGGAUCCGACAUUGACAUUGUAUCUUGUUCACAUAUCUUCUGGAGAGGCAUAUAUGAUAUACCACAAAAAGCAAUUACAUUUCAAGAACCGGGCAUGUCUCUUGCAACCUAUUUCACACGCGUUAAAGCUCUUUGGGAUGAGCUUGAUGAUCUAUGUCCUUUAACUAUUUGCAAAUGCAAUCCUACUACCAAUUUCUUUAAAAUUCAGCAAGACCAACGCCUCAUGCAAUUUCUUAUGAAGUUAGAUCCUCAAUACAGCCAAAUUCGUACCAACUUGUUAAUGCUCCCAGAUCUUCCAAGUAUACAAGAUGUAUAUCGCAUGCUUUUGCAAGAGGAAUGUCAUAGAGAACUUAGCACUGACCACCAAACUACUAAGCCUAUGGCUUUUGGUGUUGACAGGCGCAAAUUGCCUUCUAAUGCAACCCAUUUCAAGCAUCAACAUCAAGACAAACAUCAUACAAAUACCCCUUCCAGGAAGCCAUCUUGCUUUUAUGAUCAUUGUAAAAUUGUUGGUCACUCUAUUGAUCGUUGUUUCAAGAUACACGGCUACCUGAAUAAAUCCAAGAAUAGUUCCAGUAAGAAGUAUGCUGCUGUUGCUCAUGCUGAUGACUCUAAUUCUCCUUCACCUAAUGGUAAUUCCUUUGGUCUUUCUCAAGAACAAUUUACUAACCUCUUGUCCUAUCUUGGCUAGAAAGACUCUUCUCCUGACAGGUGAGUUGAUGAUCAUCUUGAUGUUAAUUCUUUAGCUAAUUUAGCAGGUACUUGCUUCCUUUCUCAAACCUCUAAAAAUAUUUGGAUUGUGGACAGUGGUGCAACGGACCACAUGUCCCACAACCUCUCUUUUUUCUUUAAUCUCAAAGAUGUCUCUAAUCUUCAUCAUCAAAUAACUAUCCCUGAUGGUAGCAAAUACAUUAUAACCAAAAAUUCAAGUGACUAGUACUUUGUUGCUUAAAAAUGUUUUGUAUGUUCACCAAUUCCAUUUUAAUUUGAUAUCUGUCCAUCAACUUUGCAAACAUGAUGCAACAUCUGUUAUUGUUUCUAAGAGUUCUUGUUUUAUCCAGGACCACUUAACGAGACACUCUUUGCCUCUUGGUAAAUUGCAACAUGGUCUCUAUUAUGUUCUGGAUAAUAACCAACCACCUAUGGACUCUACCACAUGCUCAUCUCUUCCCCUAGCUGGUGCUGUCACCUCCAAAUCUAGCAUUAUUCUUGCAGAAACAUGGCAUCUCCGUUUUGGCCAUGCCCCUUUAUCGAAGAUUGCUUUGCUUUACCCACAAAUUAAUCCUAAUGUUGUUAAGCAACAAUUUUUUUGUACUAUUUGCUCAACUGCUAAGCAACAUAGGCAUGCUUUUCCAGUUAGUACUCGUACCACAUCAUGUCCAUUUGAUUUGAUUCACAUAGACACUUGGGGACCUUGUUCCCACAAAACUCAUUCUGGAUGUAAUUCUUUCCUUACUAUUGUAGAUGAUUAUACAAAACUAACAUGGGUUUACUUGAUGAAAGAUAAAAAUCAAUGUGUUAGCAUUUUAGAAAUUUUUUUCCACUAUGUCACCACCCAAUUUCAUUUAAAUGUAAAAGUUGUACGCACAGACAAUGUAAAAGAGUUGUGUGCUGGUGCUAUGUUAAAUAUUUACAAUGCUAAAGGUAUAAUACACCAGCGCAGUUGUAGUGAGACACCACAACAAAAUGGUGUUGUGGAACGUAAACAUCGCCAUUUACUUGAAACUGCACGUGCACUAUCUUUUCAGUCAAAUUUGCCUUAUGAAUUUUGGGGUGAUGCUGUGUUUUGUGCUAUUUAUCUUAUUAAUAGAUUACCUUUAAGAGUGCUGGGUAAUGUUUCACCUUAUGAGAAAUUGUUUGGCCAUGCUCCUGAUAACAGUCACCUAAAGACUUAUUGUUGCCUUUGCUACGUUUUCACACUUACAAAAACGCACUAAGUUUGA